CACGUUUUGCACAGAUUCUUUUAACGAAUCAAACAUCUGUUUUGUCGUAAUAUAUAACAAGAAUUUAUGAGGCAUCAAUUUGGUUAUUAGCAGAAUCCGCGGUUAAGGUUUCUGUAUUUAUCAGAGAAUUGGCGAUUGGUUUACGCGCUUAAGCAACACAGCCACACAUCUGAAUGUUCAUACACAAAAUAUAAUUGAAAUAUCAUCAAGAUUUAUUAUUAGAUUCAUACAGCUCCAAUUGAUUAGACCCAAUUCAAUUCAACGAUUUCUCAUUUCUGCAAAAUCAGUCCCAAGUUUGAGCCUUUUAUCAAAUUGCAACAUUGUUGAUUGAUUUCAGGUUGCAGUCAAUUGAACUGCAUUUGAUUAGCAAUGGUGAAGGACACAGUGUACUAUGACUUAUUGGGGGUAGGAGUGAAUGCAACUCCUGCUGAAAUUAAGAGAGCUUACUACUUAAAGGCAAGGACUACGCAUCCAGACAAGAAUCCUGGGGACCCACAAGCUGCUCGUAAUUUCCAGGUUCUAGGAGAGGCUUAUCAGGUGUUGAGCGAUCCCGAGAAACGUGAAAUUUAUGACAAAUAUGGUAAAGAAGACAUGCCGAAGGAUUUGAUGCACCCUGCAGCUGUAUUUGGAAUGCUGUUUGGAAGUGAUGUGUUUGUUGAUUAUGUUGGGGAUCUUAGAUUGGCUUCCAUACAAGCUGUUGAAGAGGAGGAGGACGAAGUUGUUCCUGAGCUUCGUAGACAGAAUAUUCAAGAGAAAUUGAAGAAAUUGCAAAAGGAAAGGGUAGAGAAACUGACAACAAUUCUAAAAGAACGUCUUCAGCCAUAUGUUGAAGGCCGAAAGGAUGAGUUUUUAGAAUGGGCAAAAUCAGAAGCGCAACUUCUUGCUCAAGCUGCUUUUGGUGAGGCUAUGCUGCAUACUAUUGGCUAUAUCUACACAAGGCAAGCUGCAAAAGAAAUUGGGAAUUUGAAAAGAUUCAUGAAGGUGCCAUAUUUGGCAGAAUGGGUAAGGGACAAAGGACACCUAAUAAAAUCACAAGCAAUGGCGGCUUCAGGGGCUGUGGCUUUACUUCAAAUACAAGAGGAACAGAAGAGGUACCAUGAGGAGAACAAAGUAGAGGAUGCAAUCAAAACAAUGGAAGAAAAGAAGGAUAUCAUGAUCAAAUCCCUUUGGCAAAUCAAUGUGGUGGAUAUUGAGUUGACUUUAUCACGUGUUUGCCAAGCGGUCCUUAAAGAGCCCAAUGUUCCUAGGGAUGUUCUCAGGCUACGUGCUAGGGCUAUGAAAAAGCUGGGGACAAUUUUUCAGGGUGCGAAACCAAUGUACAGAAGAGAGAGCAGUUUGCGCAGUGAAAAUACAGACAUGGUAGAUGGUGGUACAUCCUCUAAAUGAAGCUAAAUAUUUUUCACUGUAUUUUUUGUGUAGAUACUUAUAACUGUGCAUUUGUGCUUGAGACUUGUUCAACGUGGUGUACCUUUCUUGUUACUUUUUCGUAUCCCCCUGUUCUUCGAAUACCAGUCGAUUCUUCUACAGCCAAAUCUCAAUUUGUGGAAAGUCUUGGAUCAAUUUUCAUUUGGGUAUAUGCAAGAUCUCUUAAUUCUUCGUGAAUA